AAGUGAUUUUCUCUGGAAGAGUACAUGCAGCUGUCGACGGUUGUGAAAGGGCAUUCCGGGUGCUAAACUGUAACUGGAGUUCCCAGUGCGAGGUCAGUGUGUAUAAUAUUGGCUUCUCCCUAGUGUGUGGCAUCCUAGGCAGAGGUAGCGAGAGAGCCUUACAGUAAACCAGAAGACCAACCAACAGAGCAGGAAAGAGAGAGGGAGAGACUGCACGUUUGAGUAAAAGAGGAAGAGGGAUAGCUCCACCCACCAAGCAAAAGUAGGAUAUAAGUGCAAAAGCCAACCAGCCAGAUGGACAGUCACAGUUAAGUGGAGACAGCCGGAGAGAAAGUUGCGCCCAACUUCCCUCCCUCUACGAGUCUUCGUCUCCUCCUGCAGCCUCCCUGCCAUGCCCGGGGGGUCCUCUCCGUGUUAUGGAACGUGUAACGCUUAGCGAGGAGGAUGAGCCCUCUCCGCUCAUGUACCGUGUGGAGCGGUCGGUCUACGACGAGGCCUUCCUCGACACCCAGCUUCUGCAUCACAGGGUCAGGAGCCCCAAGCCCCUCCACAAGAGGCUGGCGCAGCAUGUCAGGUGUUCGUCUGAAAGGGCCAAAGCCAUUGCUCUGAGUUUCCUUCCCAUCCUUACAUGGCUGCCGUCCUAUCCAGUCAAGGAGUACCUCUUUGGCGACGUGGUUUCAGGCAUCAGCACAGGGGUCAUGCAACUUCCUCAAGGUCUUGCCUAUGCGAUGCUGGCUGCUGUACCCCCUGUGUAUGGCCUCUACUCCUCCUUCUACCCUGUCCUGCUGUAUACCUUCUUUGGGACCUCCAGACAUGUGUCCAUAGGCACGUUUGCAGUGAUCAGCCUGAUGAUAGGAGGCGUGGUGGUGAGGGAGGCCCCAGACUCCAUGUUCACCAUGCAGGCUCUGAACGGGACCAACGGCACCCUGGUGGACACGGAGGCCCGGGACGCCAGGAGGGUGGAGCUGGCCGUGGUCCUCACCACCCUGGUGGGAAUCAUCCAGCUGGUGUUUGGGCUGCUCAGGUUUGGCUUCGUGGCCAUCUACCUGACAGAGCCUCUGGUCCGAGGCUUCACCACAGCCGCAGCCCUGCACGUCUGUGUGUCCCAGCUCAAAUACCUGCUGGGCGUGAAGACCCCCCGCUUCAGCGGGCCCUUCUCAGCCCUCUAUAGCUUGAGGGCCGUGGUAACUGACAUCACCAGCACCAACGUCACCACGCUCACCGUGGGCCUGGUGUGCACCGUGUUCCUGUACGGGGUCAAGGUGGUCAACGAGCGCUUCAAGAGCAAGCUGCCCGUCCCCAUCCCCGGGGAGAUCAUCGUGGUCAUCGUCUCCACCGGCCUCUCCUACGGCCUCAACCUAUCAGAGGGCUACCAGGUCGACGUGGUCGGGAAGAUCCCCACAGGGCUCCUCCCUCCGGUGGUCCCCACCUUCUCCCUUUUGCCAAACUUGGUCACGGAUUCCUUUGCCAUAGCCAUCGUGGGCUUCUCCAUGGGGAUCUCUCUGGCCAAGACCUUUGCCCUGAAGCAUGGCUACAGCGUGGAUGGCAACCAGGAGCUGAUAGCCCUGGGGAUUUGUAACUUUGUCAGCUCCUUCUUCCACACCUUCGCCAUCACCUGUUCUAUGUCUCGGAGCCUGGUGCAGGAGAGCACUGGGGGCAAGACGCAGAUAGCCGGUCUGCUUGCUUCACUGGUGGUGUUGCUGGUGGUUGUGGCCAUUGGGUUUGUCUUCCAGCCCCUACCACAGACGGUGCUGGCUGCCAUCAUCAUGGUGAAUCUGCUGGGCAUGUUCAAACAGCUGAGGGACAUUCCAGUCCUGUGGAGAACCAGCAAGAUUGAGCUGGCUAUCUGGAUAGUUUCCUUUGUAGCUUCUGUGCUGUUGGGACUAGAUUACGGCCUGCUCGUGGCUGUAGGAUUUGCAAUAGUGACCGUCAUCUACAGAACACAAAGCCCAAAGACUCUGCUCUUGGGACAGGUGUCCGACACGGGGCUGUACUGCGAUGUGGACGAGUAUGAAGAGGCAACAGAAUGCAAGGGGAUCAAAAUCUUCCACUCCAACUCCUCGAUAUAUUUUGCAAACAGCGACCUUUACGUGAACGCCCUCAAACGGAAGACAGGAGUUGACCCCACUCAGCUUCAGGCUGCAAGAAAACUCCAGAAAAAAAGAUUUAAGAAAGAGAAAGCUGAGAGGGAAAAACUGAACCAGAAGUCUCCCCAGAAGAUGAAUGCUGUGGUCAAACUGGACUUGGAGCAAGGCGUGACCCACGAGGUCGUGGGUGGAGGCGUGUCCCAGACCCACCUGAACCUGCUAGGGAACGGGCAGACAGCCGAGGCCAGCACCGAGGAGUCCGACUCCGAGAUGGUCAGCUUCCUGCAGCCCCUCAGCCCUGUCCGCUGCAUCAUCCUGGACUGGACCCCGGUCAACUUCAUCGACUCUGUGGGAGCCAAGGUCAUCAGAUUGCUGGUGAAGGAGUACGCAGCUGUGGACGUGCAGGUGCUGCUUGCUGGAUGCAGCAGAACUCUGCUCGCUGAACUCCGCAGCCUGCAGUUUUUCAGUGGCGUUGUGACCCCGGAGAUGGUCUUUCCCACAGUCCAUGAUGCAGUGCUCCACUGUCAGUGUCACACUGUCCCACAUGUCAACCACACUGUCCAAUGACAGCUCUCCACACAAGAUGGCUUUAGAGUGGGCAGUCAUAUCAGGGAGGAGGUGCAGGGGAGGCAUGGAAGCUCUGACCAGCACGGGGGGGGGGGGGUCUUUAACCAUCACACAGGAGACACUGUAGACUGACUGCUAUUCCACAAGUGCAAUUUUGUUUUUUAUAAAAGAUAGCGAUGUAUAUUUGAUGAAAUAUUUUAGUGUACCGGUACUUUGGUUUUAUUGCUAACAUUCCUGCAGUGUAAGUGCAGUUCUAUCAAGGCUUUUGUUUGUCGAGAGGAUUGUAUUUUCUUUUUUAGAAUUCCAUUGCACUUUUAUAGGUUUACAUUAAUCACAGGUUCAGAGGAAGAAAUAUUUAGAGUACUGUGUUCAUUCCAGUUUUAGUAUGGAUUGCUGGAGGUCUUCACAGGCACUGUUAUUGGUUGGUUAGGCCUUUAUUAUCUGAACCCAGGGGGACAGUUACAGCCUUAACAUAAUCCUGCAGACAAGUUACUGUGUUGUUUGGGCCUCUGUUACAUGUUGGAGAGAUCUAGAAGCCUGUCUUUAUUUCACUGCUGAAAUCUAGGUGAAUGCCAGGACUUUACCAUCACCGUGUGAGUACAAGCACAAAGGGUUGUUUGAAAAUGCUAAAAGUGCUCACUUUGCAAUUGUCACAACUACGUAAUAAAAAAAUUAUAUUGUCUAUGUAGACAUUUUACUCAUAGUAAUAUAAAAGACUGUAUAAGUGAGACCAAAGUCAUUAUACCAGCAGUGCAUUUAGUGAUUCAAAUCAUAUUGAGUGCUGUUAAGUUCAUAUUAUGCUGUAUUGUUACUUGUCAAAUGUCUGUCAUAUUUGAUGACCCAAGCUCUAUGUAAUAAAUAUUUUUUUUGUAACAUCCUUA